AUGGGUUGCUUAAUAAUAUGUCUCUCUCAACUCUUUUUCCUCGUGUUUCUCUUGCAUUCUCAACCUACUUCUUCAUCAUCUUUCUCCUCUUCUUCUACACUAUCAUGUUCCCAAGAGCAGAGCUCAGCGUUGCUCAAAUUUAAGCAACUUCAUUCUUAUCCAACUUCUUCUUCUUCCAAAUAUUCUGAUGACUGUGAUCAAAAGAAAGAGUCUUGGAAGGAGGGCAGAGAUUGUUGCUCAUGGGAUGGGGUUACGUGUGAUACAAUGGGGAGAGACGUGAUUGGCCUUGACCUCAGUUGUAGCUGGCUUAACGGCACCAUCCCUUCCAAUGCUAGUACCCUCUUUCUUCUCCCUCACCUGCAACAUCUCAACCUCGCUUUCAACGACUUUAAUUAUUCACAAAUUUCAUCUGGGUUUGGUCGUUUUGCUAAGUUGAGAUAUCUUAACCUUUCUCGGUCCAAUUUUGAUGGCGAAGUCCCACUUGAAUUAUCUCACCUCUCCCAAUUGGCCUCACUAGAUCUCUCUAGCAAUGAUGACGAUCUUCCUUCUAUUUUUGUCGAAACAUCUGUUGUGAAGAGGCUUGUUCAAAAUCUGACCAAGUUAAGGGAACUUCAUCUUGAUCAUGUUGACAUGUCCUCUGUUUCACUUACUUCUUUCAUGAAUUUCUCUUCUUCUUUGGCAUCUCUUUCCCUUGAAGAUUGUGAAUUGCGUGGAAGUCCGGCAGAUCUUGACAUUUUUGGCUUACAAAAUUUACACGAACUCAAUUUAGGAGGGAAUAGUUUGAGUGGUGAGAUACCAUCAUCAUUUUCAAACAUCAAGGCACUCUCUUACUUGGAUCUAGGUUGGAACAAUCUCAAUGGACCAAUACCUACGUUGUUUGGGAACCUCACCAAAGUUACUAAAAUUUUCCUAUACAAUAACGACUUCACUGGCCAAAUUCCAUCAUCACUUUCAAAUCUAAAGGAUCUCAAUGUUAUUGACCUCAGCAACAACAAAUUUGAAGGAUCAAUACCAGUGUCUCUUGGGAACCUCACAAAAGUUACUGAUUUUAUGCUCCAAUAUAACAACUUCACUGGCCAUAUUCCUUCAUCACUUUCACAUCUAAAGGUUCUCAAUCUUAUUGACCUCAGUUACAACAAAUUUGAAGGAUCAAUACCAGUAUCAUUUGGGAACCUCACAAAAGUUACUGAUAUUAUGCUCCAAUAUAACAACUUUACCGGCCAAAUUCCAUCAUCACUUUCAAAUCUGAAGUAUCUGAACGUUAUUGACCUUAGUUACAACAAAUUUGAAGGAUCAAUACCAGUGUCUCUUGGGAAGCUCACAAAAGUUACUGAAAUUAUGCUCCAAUAUAACAAUUUCACUGGCCACAUUCCAUCAUCACUGUCAAACCUAAAGGAUCUCACUUUUAUUGACUUCAGUCACAACAACUUUGUAGGAUCAAUACCAGUGUCUCUUGGGAACCUCACAAAAGUUACUGAUUUUAUGCUCCAAUAUAACAACUUCACUGGCCAUAUUCCUUCAUCACUUUCACAUCUAAAGGUUCUCAAUCUUAUUGACCUCAGUUACAACAAAUUUGAAGGAUCAAUACCAGUAUCAUUUGGGAACCUCACAAAAGUUACUGAUAUUAUGCUCCAAUAUAACAACUUUACCGGCCAAAUUCCAUCAUCAUUUUCAAAUCUGAAGUAUCUGAACGUUAUUGACCUUAGUUACAACAAAUUUGAAGGAUCAAUACCAAUGUCUCUUGGGAAGCUCACAAAAGUUACUGAAAUUAUGCUCCAAUAUAACAAUUUCACUGGCCACAUUCCAUCAUCACUGUCAAACCUAAAGGAUCUCACUUUUAUUAACUUCAGUCACAACAACUUUGGAGGUUUUGGUGGUAAAAUUCCUUUUUUGACCAACCUCACAAAACUCACUGCAGUUGACUUGUCCUACAACCAACUCACUAGUCAAAUGUGUGAAUUCCAACCUAACAAUUCACUAAAAAGUCUUAGAUUGGAAAAUAAUAGGCUUUAUGGCUCUAUUCCAAAUUCAAUCUCUAAUCUCGUGAAUCUUAGAAAGAUUCAUCUUUCAUCAAAUAACUUGAGUGGCAUUGUGGAAUUUGAUGAGUCCACAAAUUUCAAAGAACUGGACACUCUUGAUCUUUCAAAUAAUAGUUUGUUCUUAGGCAUCAAAAGCAACUCUAACCAUACCUUCCCCUAUCUUCAGAAGUUAAGCAUGUCUUCUUGCAACAUAAUUGAAUUCCCAAAAUUUUUAAAAUCGUCAAAAUAUUUAAUAUACUUGGACCUAUCUAAUAAUAGAAUCCCAAACCAAAUCCCAGAAUGGAUGUUUGAAGUUGUGGAGAAUCUACAGUUUCUUGAUCUUCAUGCCAAUCUAUUGCAAGGAAAUCUUCCUAUUCCACCUUCUACUAUGAUCGCCUUUUUUAUGUCGAACAAUAGACUGAUUGGGGAGAUCCCGUCUAUGAUUUGCAAUGUAAGUAACCUUGAAAUCUUGGAUAUCUCUAACAACAAUUUGAGUGGUAAGAUUCCACAAUGUUUGGGAAACUUUGGUCAUAGACUUUCAGUGAUGGAUUUGCGAAAGAACAAUUUCCAUGGCACUAUUCCUGAUACAUUUGAAAAGGAUAAUAGUCUAGCAACUAUUGCCUUUAAUGGAAAUCAUUUAGAAGGGAAAUUACCAAAAUCAUUUGUCAAUUGCACAAAUUUGGAAGUUCUUGACCUCGGAAAUAAUAAGAUUAAUGAUUCAUUCCCCUAUUGGUUGGAAGCCCUUUCGAAGUUACGGUUACUUGUCUUGAGUAAUAAUAAACUUCAUGGUCCUAUAAGAAAUCGUAAAAAUAAGGUGGUGUUUUUCUCUAAAUUACAAAUUCUCGAUCUCUCUCACAAUGAGUUUACUGGUCUUUUACCAAGAAUUUAUUUUGAAAAAUUGGAAGCCAUGAUGAUUUGCAAUGAAAAUGCACAAGAACCACAAUAUUUGGCAGCAUAUUAUGGUACACGUGAGCCGCCUAAGCCUAUUGUGUCUGAUAGAGAUGAAAUACCCGAAGGUUUUUAUCAAGAUUCAAUAGAGGUGACUGUGAAAGGGUCAAAGAGAGAACUACCGAGAGUCCUAACCAUCUUCACAAUGAUUGAUUUAUCAAGCAACCAAUUCCAAGGAGAUAUUCCAGAUGCACUUGGAAGACUUAAAUUUCUCCGAUUGCUCAACCUUUCCCAUAACAGCCUAACUGGCCAUAUCCCAUCAACAUUGGGAAAUUUAUUAGCACUUGAAGCAUUGGAUCUCUCUUCAAAUAAACUCACUGGUGAAAUUCCUAUGCAAUUGACACUUCUAACAUUUUUGGCCAUGUUAAACCUUUCACAAAACUACCUUAUUGGACCCAUACCUCAAGGCAAACAAUUCAAUACAUUUGGUAAUGAAUCAUAUGAUGGGAACUUAGGAUUGUGCGGAUCUCCAUUGUCAAUUAAAUGCAGUACUAAUGAGCCACCACCAACAAUAUUCCUUGAAGACAAUGAUUCAAUGUUUGCAGAAGGAUUUGGUUGGAAGACCGUGUUGAUUGGCUAUGGAUGUGGAUUUGUGUUUGGAUUAGUUGUGGGAUAUGUUGUGUUUAAAACAAGAAAACCCCAAUGGAUUUUAAGGUUGAUUGAAGGAGAACGAGAGGGAAGGGUGACAGGGCGUAUCAACCAAAGACCCAAGCGAAGAAGACGUUAAUGCCACAUGGAUUAAUACUGUGCUAUGAAUUAAUGUGUGCUCUUAGGUACUGUUGGAAGUGAUGAGGACCCUAUUAUCUACUAUGAGUUGAAGAAGAUUACGUGCUUUGACUUACAACUGUUCAUUAGAAUGUGGGGUAUUAAGGAGUUGAUCAUGCUUAUAUGAAUUAUGGUGUUGUUUUCCUAUUCAUCUAAUAAUAAUGCUCAGAUUUCACGAAUGUAUUUGAGGUUGAGGGUAUUCUUUGUGUUUGUUUUAAAAUUGUAUCAUGUCUUGGACUUAGUUUUGAGGCUAGUGUUGUGCUCAGUUGGCUUGUACUUAUUGGAGGUUAUUUCGUGUGUUCA